AUUAACAUUAAUGCUCCUGACUCCUGCAAACAAUUAUUGGCACCAACACAUGAUUCGUAUUUACUUAAGAUUAACUUGGAAGUGCUGGACCUGCACCUGAAUCAGCUGAGCCAACUUCCCCCUCUGAGUGUGGAGCCUCUGAGAGCACUCCAGAUCCUUCACCUUCACUGGAACACCUUGGUGGAGCUGCCUGUCCUCAUCAACAACCUGCACCUUCAUGAGCUUCUCGUCAACGGCAACGCUCUCCUGGAGUUUCCUAAGUACAUGUUCGGGAACCUCACCCAGCCUCUCACCUACCACUUUGUUGACAACCCAGCAUACGACGUGUGGGCAACGAUGUUGCUGGCAUUGCCGGAAAGGAGUCACAUCAUGAUGGGGAACGACGUAUGGGUGUGGGCGGAGGACGAUCAGGUGGCCCGGCAGCUGCUGCAGCAGUCACAAACCUGGGUGUUGCAAGAUGGUCUCUCUCAGCCCAUAGACCUCCCCUCUCUGGUCAGGAUCUGCGGCUCCACACACAUUGCCCACAAUGGAGGCAGUCUCCUGCCAUGUUAACAUAAUACAAAUUAU